AUGGAAGGCGCAAAGAACUGGUACAACAAGCAGUACGAGGCAUGGGUGCCGUGGGUCGAAGACAAGGUUCUCGGCUGGUUCGGCGAGAACAAGACCAGCUACGUCGCCAAAGAUAACCUUAACAAAACCAAAAUCGCCGGCGACGAGAACGUGGAUGCCAUCCAGGACGACGUCAACCAAGGCGUCGGCGGCCAACUUGGCAAAGGUGGCUUGCUCGAAGGUGUGGGCAAUCUGACGAGCAAGGAAGUGCUCAACCGCGGAGAGAGGAAGGGAAAGAAUGAGAAAGGCGGGCAUGGGCUGUGA